AUGGCGGCUUCUCUACUGCUCCGCAGCGGCCUAUCGGCCUCCAUCGCACCGCGCUGCUCGCCCUCCGCCACCCACAGUAAGCCCGCCCUUUUCGCGGACCGCCUCUCCUCCUCCGCGGCCUUCGUGCCCUCCUCCCGUCGACACCGCCUUCACCUCCCCGCGCACCGACCAUCCGCGCGUGUGAACCAGCACCGCCACGCGCCCGCCGCGCCCAGGGCAUCCGUGCAGACCGUCGAAGCUGCGCAAUUGCCGCAGACCUGGUCCGCGUUUUCCGCCGCAAUCACCGGGGAAUGGGCGGGGUACUCAUCGGACUUCUGCCCCGACGGGAUAGAGACGGAGAUCCCAAGGGAGGCCAUUCCGCCGCCCUUUUGCGACUGGGGCCUCGCGCUCUUCGCGUGGCAAGCGCACAGCUCCACUAACGCGGAUGCUUCUACCGGGGAAGUCCAAACCGUCUCCGAGCGCUUCCUGCCGUCGCUUGGCUUUGGCGGCGGCGGCGGCGCGGCGUCGCGCUACAGCGUGGAUCGGCGCGCGGCGGGGAUCGGGCAGGACGCGGCGGGCGUGCUGGGCUUCCGCGACGACGGCUGCUACGCCGUCGCCUGGCCCGGGAAAUCCGUUUCCGAGCCUUCUUCCGAGCCUGGCGUGAACGCGGCUCACGUAGUGGUUCGGCAGGGCAGCGGCAGCGGCGACGCGUCGCAGUUCUUCGAGUUGGAGCACUGCCUCGUCGCGGAAAACCCGGACGCGCAGACCGACGGCAAGCCCGAGCGCGUGCGCGUGCGCGUGGUGCAGCGUUUUCAGAAGGGCGAGGGGGCGGCGGGCGGGGUGGGGGACGAGGGGCACCUGCCGCAGCUGCUGGGCAUGACGCUGUUCCGCGAGCGGUGGGUGGGCCAGUGGCGCGCCGAGCCCGACGGCGCGAACGAGUCGUCGGAGUUCGCGGAGGGCCCGCCCGUGGGCAUCGAGGCCGUGGAGGGGCGCUGGCUCGCCUCCGCCAUGCGCGCCGACCUCAAACUGGUGAGCUCGGCGCGCUGCAUGGCGCAGAUGGUGUGUGUGAGGCGGGUAGGUGGGGGGAUGUGCGGAGCAGAGCCGAUGGGCAGUGAGGCGAGAGUGGUGAAGAAGAAAGAACACAAUUUAUGGAACGGGCGAUCCGGCGACGAGUAUGGGCGGCGGGGGGCGGUGGUGGAGCUGAAGCCGGCCGGCACUGAGGAGGUCACCAGGGAGCUAACAGACGAAGGUUCCGUGCUGCUUCCUCAGGGCGUGUGGUCGAGGGUGCUACCCACGCCCAGUGGUGGGGUGAUCCUCAAGGCGGGCUGGCUUGUGGAGGCCGACAGGGCCAUCGUCUCUCGCUUUGACUACUCCGCCCAGGGUCAUCUCGAGCACAUCACGAUAUCAACAGAGACGCGCAUCAGCAAGAGACCAUGA